GCGGCGGGGAUCCGGCUGGAACCGGUUGGGCCGCGUCCGGCUCUAUAUAAAACUUUAUAAACACCCGAUUCCAAUUAGUGGGGUCGGGAGCAGCGCAGCCCGCCGGGUACAGCCCCGCGCACCGCUUCCCCCGCAGCCCAGCGCGCCCGGCUCCUUCACCCCCGCCUCCCUCCCUCGGCCGGCUCCCUCCGCCCCCUCACGCCGCCCGGCGCGCUCCGCUCUCCCUCACACAUCCACACACACACACACACACGCGCGCACACGCACACACACACACGGAGCCAUGCCGAAGAGAAAGGCUGAAGGAGAGACCAAGGGCGAUAAGGCCAAAGUUAAGGAUGAGCCCCAGCGGAGGUCAGCGAGGUUAUCUGCUAAGCCUGCUCCUCCAAAGCCAGAGCCCAAACCUAAAAAAGCAGCUCCAAAGAAGAGCGAGAAGGUGCCCAAGGGGAAGAAGGGAAAAGCUGAUGCUGGCAAGGAGGGAAACAACCCCGCAGAAAAUGGAGAUGCCAAAACAGACCAGGCACAGAAAGCUGAAGGUGCUGGUGAAGCCAAGUAAAACGUGUGAAUUUUUGAUAACUGUGUACUUCUGGUGACUGUACAGUUUGAAAUACUAUUUUUUAUCAAGUUUUAUAACAAUGCAGAAUUUUGGUUUACUUUUUUUUUAAGCUAUGUUGUUAGUACACAGACCGCUUCAUUGUUGUGUUCUGGGGGGUGGGGGGCGAUGGGGACAAAUGUCAUUUAGUCUAUUUCUCAAAACCUACAUUUUAGUAAGAAAAGCUUUUGCCAGUCCCCCAGUUUUUGGAAGAAGGGCCCUUCCUGCAGGGAGGAAGAAGGGAUUCCCCGUGCUGUGUGUCCAAGGGAGCACCAGAGCUCCCAAGGUGCUGUUGCCUGCUCCAGAUCCCAGUGCCCCCAGUUCUCCUUUGGUGCCCCCAGUUCUCCUUUGGUGCCCCCAGUUCUCCUUUGGUGCCCCCUGCUCACCCUGUCACUCCAAACCACAGCAGAACUGGUGUUUGGGACCUUCCACGGGCAGGUGCUCCACGUUUCUGGUGCCCAGUCCAGGCUCAAAAAGGAGCUGCACUUCCUCUUUUCUAUUGUGGAUCCUCAGAUACAGAAACCUGCCUUUAAUUUUUAUUUUCCUCUCCAAGUCAGGGUGGCUUCGUGCAGUUGUCAGACAAUGUGCAGAUGUGUCCACCCUCACUCUAAACUUUGCCCUCUACAAGUGUGAGCUGAAGAUUCUUACGGUUUUUAGCGACUUCUCCAUUUCAGUAGUCCACAAAGGGAGGGGAGUUUGACAGUUGUUGUAAAAUGUUGCAGAUUGUAGCCCAUGUCCUGCCUAAAAUUACCAUGAUUGUUCAUUAAAAGUACCUUUAAUAAAGCUGGAUACGGUUUGGCUUGGACUGUU